AUGCAAUUUAAUGGUUAUUUCGGCUGUAACUGGUGCUUGCACCCUGGCACGGGGGUAGGAAAGGCUCUGAAAUACCCUGUCCAAGCAGUCGAUCCUGUUGAACGUACUGACGAACAAAUGUACAACGACAUGCAAGAGGCUCUUGAAACUGGGACUGUAGUGCGCGGAGUGAAAACUGUUUCUCCGCUUAUUAACCUGGAGCACUUCAGCAUCGUCUGGGGCUUUGUCCCAGACUACAUGCAUUGUGUCUUACUGGGUUUGGCGAGGCAGUUCCUGGAGCAUUGGCUUGAGCGCUGUGACAGAGAGUUUUAUGUUGGGCGAGAGAUUGAUGUUUUGGAUAGUAGGCUUUUGGCUAUAAAGCCUCCAAGAGACGUGAGGUGGAUGCCGAGAUCGCUCAGAGAGGGAAAAUUUUGGAAAGCCAAAGAACUUGAGAACUGGGUCCUGUUUUACAGUGUUUCUGUUAUCACUGGAGUUAUGCCAACGAGGUAUGUUGCUCACUGGGCUCUCUUAGUGGAGGCUCUGCACCUGAUGCUACAGGAGCGUAUCUCUUUUGCAGACAUCAACCUUUCCGAUCUCCCCUGA